CCACGUCGAAGGGCGACCAGCGCAAUACAUUGCCAAUAGAUCUAACUAUUUUUCGUGAUUGUGUUAGAGAAAGAGACUAGUCGAAUUGUUCGAACAACCGGUAGUGGAGAAGUUGUGGGAAGAUCACCUCGGGUCGGUAACGCUUGAAGUAGCCUUCGUGGAAGAAGCCGUUUUCACUGCUGCGCGCCAGUCGGCCAAUACAGCAUCAUCGACAGACAGUGGGCCAAGUCCACGUACAGUGUACGAUCCUUCCAUGUGAAAACUGCUCUGUCAUGGCUGUUGCCCUUCUGGGCAAGUGUGUCGCACUGCUGGGACUCGUCGUGCUGUUCUACGCUACCUGCUAUGGCUUCCGAAUACGCGACGUCCUGCCACAAACACAUCCGGCCGUCUGCAUCCCCGCGCACGGCAGAACCUGCCCCGCGGACAAGACGGCGACGACCACUACAGCGACCGGGGGACCGAUGUACUUGGCCCGGAAAUGGCACGAGAACACAGUAUUGCGGACUAUCGCUGCUGGCCGGAAGCCACCUGCUGAGCUGACGACAGCUACACGAAUGGAGAGAACUCGGAACGAAAGGACUACCAAAUAUGGGAGAGAUAAGAGUGCAACUGGAUCUAUGCAAAAGAGUUCCAGGAUAGAAGUGGAUGAUGACGAAGAGGAAGCGGUGGUAGAGAUGGAAGACGGGGAAGAGGUAGAAGAAGAUAGAGAAUUGGUAGGGGAUUUUCAAGAAGAAGUGGAUAGAGUAAAAGAGCGCUAUGAACAAAAAGAAGCAGCCAAGACUGCGAUAUCAGAUGAAGUUGUUGAUGAUGAUGAGGAGGAAAUGAAAGCUCCAAUUAAGGCAGAUCAACAAAAAGUACCAGAUCUACAUAAAAAACAUGAUAAAAUUAAGAAUUUGCAAAUUGACGAGGAUGAUAAUGAAGAAAAAGACGAAAAUGGAGAUAAAGAAGACGAUGUAAGGAAACUCAGUUUAUCUAAAACAUUGGAGAAAGUAAGACUUGCUGAUAAAGAUAAAGCUAAGAUUUCAUUUAGUAAACACAACAUAGAAAAAUCAGAACAAGAUGAUAAAAAAUUAGCUGAUACAAAGCCAGCAGUCGAGAGCGUGAAGCAAUCAAUUGUAAGUACGAAACAACCGAUCGAGAUUACGAAAAAGUCGACCGCAGAUACGAAAAAACCAGUUGAAGAUGUCAAAAAAUUAUCUGAAAGUACAAAAACAGUUGAAUCUAUUAAACCUACUGCUAAAUCUAAAACUGAAGCGACAAAAGUUGAAUCUAUUAAAACUACUACUAAAUCUAAAACUGAAGCGACUAAAGUAGUAACAAAAUCAGAUGAAAAAUCGAAAACGAGCAUGAAACUGGAAGCUUCAACACCUGCAUUGAAAACCAAGGACCAAUCAAAACAGCCAAAAACAGAAAAAGUGGAUGUUAAAAAAGUAACAAAAUCAAUUCCAAAAUCAUUGAAAACAGUUUCGCAAGUGGAGAAGCAAGAGACAAAGCCGAAACCGAUGAAACGUACAGACGUGUCUGUUACAUUGUCCGAACUGAAUGAUGCAAUUCUACGUGUAUCGACCUUCGUGCCAAAUUUUACGAACGUUGAAAGUCUUGAAUGUCAGCAGCAUGGCAAGAUAUUUCUGCGACAAUUGAGGGGUUACAAGUUCUGGGCGCUACAAAUGUUAGACUCCAGCGCAAAGAUUCCAUCUAACUUGUUGCGAGGAAACGUGAAUCAGCUUGGGGAUUAUGAUCAAUGUUUGGGUGUGUUGGCACACGUUAAAGUAGAUAAAAAACCGAUAAGAAUUCAAGGGAAAUAUUGCUUGGCUGCCGUGGACAUGCAUGCUUCUCAUCCAGACAUGAAGUUACCGGUUAAUCUGAUGCAAGCUCGCGCUUUUAUACGAGGAAAUAUGCACGACCCAGGUCAUUUAAUUCCAAAAUUUACUACAGUAAAUUGGGCAUUGUGUCUACCCGCAGCGUGUUCUGCUAAGGACGCUAAACAUACAUUAGAAAAUGCUUUAAAAGAUUAUAAUGAAACUGUUGGAAUUACAUUCACAGUGAAUGUUGAUCCUGAUAUGUGUUAUGUCAAACAGAAGUCUCAGAUCUACUCGAAAGAGACGAUCGGCGUUUUGUACUUUUAUGCUAUGAUCAUCUGUCUCGUUAUCGUAGCAACUAUAAGGGAUUACUUCGUGGAUAUGCGAGGAAAAGGAAAUUAUUCGGAAAGAAUAAUCAUGUCAUUUUCCUUGCGAAGAACGAUUAAAGCUUUAUUGAAGAGAACGGCGAGCGCUACGGAUAUUACGUGUAUCCACGGAAUAAGAGUGCUCGCUACAAUCGCUCUUUAUAUCGGCCAUCAGCUUAUAGUAAUUUCCCGAAUACCGUUUAGUAAUCGCACUUCUUUCACUGAGAUCGCCAACAAUCCAGUCACCUCUAUUUUGCGGGUAUCGUUAGUUUAUACGGAUGCCUUUUUGCUACUAAGCGGCGUUCUGACCGCUUACAAUAUGGCACAGGAAUUGAAAACUCGCGGUGAGAUUCGCUGGUUCUGUCGUUUUAUCGCUAGAUUUAUUAGGCUUACACCAGCGUUGCUCGCGGUGGUGUUUUGGUACGCUUUCGUCAUGGAACAUCUCGGCUCAGGCCCGCUGUGGAACAGUAUUAUCAUACCAAACGCAGAACUCUGUAAGUGCAAUGCGUGGACGAAUCUUUUGUACGUGCAGAAUUUCUUCCCGUUUGAGGAGAUGUGCGCCACGCACACGCAUCAGCUGGCCUUGGACAUGCAGUUAUCGCUUUUGGCUCCUAUGCUGGUAUUCUUUUUGCAAUAUAAACCUCUUAUUGGUAUCCUCUUGAUGGUCUUCUUCAUUCUAUUAUCCGCUACUCUUCGUUACAUAGCGACGGUGAACAACUACCUGUCUUUCGUCAUCUUUCACGGAAUAUCAUUAAAGCGCCUUUACAAAACUGCUAAUUUAUCUUACGCAUUGCCGCUACACAGGGCUACGCCAUAUAUUUCCGGUGUUGGCCUCGGUGUAUUGCUGCAUUACACCGGGAAAAACGUCAAGAUUCACAAGAUGUUAGUGAUCUUGGGUUGGUUGAUUGCGACGGCCUUGGGUUCAUGGUCGUUAUUUUCACCUUGGCGUCAAGCCAGACGGGACUACGUGUAUGAUGCUGAAGAGGCUGCUCACUAUGCAGUGAUCGGGCCGGUGUCAUGGGCAGCAGCUCUUUGCUGGUUAAUAUUUGCCUGCUUUACAGAACAUGGAGGUGUGAUUAACAGAUUUCUCUCCAACCAUUGGCUGGUGAUCUUCAGCAGGAUAUCAUACGCUGUGUACUUAUCGCAAUUUGCAGUAUUUUUCUAUAAUGUCGCGACCACAAGAUAUUCCACAGAAUUUCAGCUUCAUAGAGCGAUUGAUCCUCUGGAAGUAAUGGUAGUGAUAGUUGCGUCAGUCGUUUUGACAUUAUUUCUUGAUUUUCCGAUGCAGGAGAUAAAGAGCGUUAUAAUGGAAAGCACAGACGGUUCGACGCUCGAAACUUUCGAAGAAAAAAAGAUAAAUGCAAACGAGAGUAAAAGCGUUGAACUGACAGACCCUGUGAAAAUAACAGGUAAUCAAACGAAUAAUGUUUUCGAAGACGAUGAAGUUGCGUCCACCGGCUGGGACUGGCAGAGGGAUAUAACUCACGGUGCAAUUAUUUUGGAGGGACACGAUACGGAAGAAGAGAUAAUGGACAUGCCAUUGAAGAAAGUGAAUGGAAGACGAACGUCAUUCAUCGAUCACGAAACGUAUGAUUCCGAGGAAAUUUCCAGCAAAAAUCGAAACGAAAUAGUGGGUAGAAAAUUAUCCAAAGAUACGAAAGAUUACACGGAGCGCGGUAGAAGAAACAUAAAUAGUCAGAGAUAUAUGACAGAUGACUCCGAAGAAGAAGCUAUUGAAUUUUUGAGAAGUCAACGUGAAUACAAUGUCACCUCUCAACGCAACAGGCGUUCCCUGUCAAAAACUAAAGAGAACAAGAGAUUAUCGUCGAAAGAAAGCGAAGAUGAAGAAGAAUGGCGACAUCGAAGAGAAAAUGAGGAUGGUUCAAAACAGUUUAGAAAAUCGGAGUCUAGAGGAAGAACGUUGGCUAAGGAAACGGACGAUUAUCCUUCUUGGGAGUUUGUCAAAAAGGAAAGCGAACAAUAUGAUGCAACUCCACGAUCCUUCAUAAGAUCAAUGAAUGCUACCAAAAGAAUCUCUUCCGAGAGCGAGGAGGAGCUAUCGCCUCAACAAAAAUUAAAGCCGGAGCGCAUUUCAAGUUCUGAUGCAAGAACGAGCGACGAAGAGGAAUGGGAACACGAGUUAAGGAUACGAAGAAAAGAAUUUAUGGAAAAGCUAAUUGCCCAGCAGCGCGAAUCGUUGGUCGAAACGGAUAACCGCGAAACCGAUGCAGAGUCUUUGAAGCGCAGAUCAUCUGCGGAGGGCAGGAUAGCCUUACUGCGAGACGAUCUUUCAGGUGAAGACAAUAUGGACUCGUGGACUGUCAGUGUAGGACCACGGAUUACGCUACUCGGAUCCUCCCAGGAACCUAGUGAGCCUGAAGAAGACGGUAUUUACAUGCGACGAAGAGAGUACCGCGAGCAGGGUCCACCUUCUAGAGAAGAUAGUCAAAGCGAGGAAGAUAGCAGUCAGGACACUUCAAAAAGGCAGUCUCAAACUAGUGGUAGUCAAAAAACGUCUCUAGAAGAAGAUGACGACGUAAACAGUUAUAACUUCAUUCUAACGAAAGAAAGUAAAAGAGAAUCAUUACAGGAUCUCUCAAAAUUGCUACCGGAAGAAUUGGCGAUUAGCGGAUGGAACGUCAUAAAAAGAGAAGGUGAUCUUCUGACCAAACCAACAUCGGCUGGAUUGUUCAAGCGAGAAUCUAUCGUGAAGAGUCAAGCCAGCGAGGAGGAUCCCGAGUAUCUCCUUCCAGAAAGGCCCAAACUAAUUCAACAGGAACGUGAGCAUCCGUUUAAGAAAGCUUGGCAAAUGCAGAAGUCCAGGUCAGAAGAGGAAGGUUCGUCAGCGUACACCAUAAAGGAACCUAAGGAGCAACAAUGCGAAACAAAAUCGAAGGAGCAAGAGUUGCCGCACAAGCGUAAUGGCGAACAGUCUGAAGAUAUGCAAUCGUUUGCCGAGGAGGUUGAAGCUAUUGUAAUGUUACAAAGCAGAAGCUCCGAUACGGAAGAUAGUAAGAUCAGUUCGAAAUCUAGCACUGAUUUCGACAUGGAUUCAAUUUCGAUAGAAAACAGUAGAGCUACGUUUGAGGGAGACCAUAGGCAGAAUUCAAAAUCUGAAACCGAUGAAGAUUCCGCGAAAUUUAAUUGGCCCGAUGAAGAAGAGGAAGACGAGACUUACAGAACCGGUCACAGGCGAAAGUCGGAAGAAGCAGAUUGGAACUGGGAGCAGGAGGAAACUUGACGAAAAUUAUUUUAAACGUUUGUAUGAGAGUGAUUAUCGGUACCUUCAAGCUUGAAGGCAAACAUAGAGGAGGACAAUGACCAGAUUGCAGCGCUCAAACGAAAUGUCUGAUUUGCGAGAAGAAAGAUACGAAGACGAAGACAUCUAAAGGAAUAAAUUAGAUUUAUAUUAAUCGCUAUAUAUUAUAAGUUAAUAAAUUCUAAAGAAAAUACUUC